AUGAUUGGCUAUGUGGUUGCUCCCUACGUCUCCCAGACCCCUCAAUUGAAGGUAAGCAACAUCAUCACAAUGGCUAAUGAUGAGUACCACCAUUUGGUUAGUUACUUGAAAGCAUGGAGGGGUAAGAUGGCCGCCAUGGAGAGCGUUUAUGGUAGCUGGAAGACAACCUACAACGAGCUCCCUCGGUUCCUUAAUGUCAUGGCCAGUACAAAUGUCGGAAGUAUAGUUGUGGUUGAGGUUGUUCCACAUCAUAAAGAGAGGGGUACAUCGACAUUUGUUCGUGCAUUUUGGUGCCUAAAAGCAAUGAUUGAUGGUUGGCAGUAUGCACGGCCAGUUAUUUCCAUUGAUGGUACAUUUCCUAAGGAAAAGUAUAAUGGGAAAUUGCUCGUAGCGGUGGGAGUCGACUCUAAUAACGACCAAUAUCCCAUAUGCUUCGCCCUUGUUGAUGAGGAAACAACUGAAAAUUGGUCUUGGUUUCUACGUCUUUUACGUAGACAUGUAUGCCGAGAUAGAUUAGGGGUUUGUAUUAUAUCUGACCGUGCGACGGGGAUCCUUGCUGCAAUGAAUGACGAAGAUAGUGGUUUUACCCCGCCGAUGGACUAUCACAGAUUCUGCCUCCAUCAUGUUAGGAGCAACUUCUCCAAGGCAUACCCGGGAAAGGAGCUUAAAAUGUACAUGUGGCUAGCCGGCAAUACGCCACAGAUUAGGAAACAUGAUGCCUACAUGAAGAAGAUUGGGGAGCUUUCUCCGCAAGGCUUGAGGUGGUUGCAAGGGAUAAGUCCAACCCUCUGGACUAUUUGUCAUGACACAGGCCACGCUCGUUACGGCCAAGCUACCACAAACAUCACGGAGAGCUUGAAGUGUGCAGGGAACGUUGUGCACUAG